UGUGUGCAACUUCACAAUGCUUGCCUUCCGAUUCCGACAAAAAACCACAAACAUGAUAAGUGUCACAAACCUUCAGACCUCACUGAGGAACCAAAAGUAAAUGGUGGCAGUUUACGAGCAGCGAGGAACACACAUGUUGAAGAAAUGAGGGGACUAUGUUUUCUUGUCGUUUUUAUAUUUUCUUUCUUCUCUAUGGCAUUGAAUCAGCAAGGUGAUAUCAGUAUGUUCUCUGAUGUUUCCAAUGAGUGCCAUAAGGUUCUGGGUGAGUGCCAGUCAAAGCAAAAUAUUGUUAGGUGCCUUGAAACAAAAAUGAAAAACUGCACUCUAGUCAAAAAACUACCCAGACGUCUUCCCAGAAACUUUUACUGGGAUACUGUGGCUUCCACUAGUGAGGCAACAGUGACAACAAAAGAUGGACAUGUUAUUCGUGUUCCUCCAGAAGCUGUCCAGCGAAGCAUGGGGGGACAGCAGAACAGUAGCCAAGUGCAUCUAACUGUAUCUGUACUCAACCACAGCCUUUUUAAGGCACCUUCAGAGAAUGGAUCUACUCAUGAGCAGGUCUUAGGAGUCUGGCUUGGUGAACAAGAUGUCCACAACCUUUUGAAUCCUGUUAGGAUGGUCUUUGUGAAUGUGAAUCAGACUGGCCGUGGAGAAUGUGUUUACUGGGAGAUGUCAAACAAUAGUGAACAAGGCAGCUGGAGCACAAAGGGCUGCAAUACCACCAGAAAUGGUACAGAUUUUAUCUGUGAAUGUGAUCAUCUCAGCUUCUUUGCAGUGCUGAUAAGCCCUAAUGAGCCGGACCAUGUGGACGUUCAGCGUCUGGUGUACAUCUCAUACGUUGGCUCAUCAUGUUCUGUGAUUUGCACAGCUGUCAUCAUCAUCAUGUUUCUGUGCCAGAGGAAGAGGAAAGCAGAACAUUCAGUCGUUAUUCAUCUGCAGCUGGCCGCCUCGCUGUUUCUGCUGCACGUCUUCUUCCUGUCCAGUACGUUUUGGUCUCAGGAGAAAGAUGCAGUCUGUAAGUCUCUGGGGAUCCUGCUGCACUGGGCCCUGCAGGUCACGUUCACCUGGACGGCUAUCGAAGGCUUCCAUCUGUACCUGCUGCUGGUGCGUGUCUUCAACAUCUACAUCAGGAGAUACGUCCUCAAACUGAGCCUGGUGGGCUGGGGUGUUCCGACAGCUAUCGUGGUGGUCUGUGGCGUGACUGGUGCAUAUGGAAGGUUCACCUUAACAGAACGUGCCAGCAAUACCACAGUAGCCAUGGACCUUUGCUGGGUCACCAAUAAGGCUGUGAGGUACAUAACAGUGAACGGCUAUCUGGGCUUGGUGCUGCUCUUCAACGUAGCUAUCCUGGCAGUGAUGGUGGUGAAGAUGAGGCAGCUGAGGGUGCGGAGCGUCCAGGCUGGAGACAGAGUGAGGCGGAUAUGGAAGGACUGGGUCACUGUGCUGGGGCUUAGCUGUGUUUUGGGGCUUCCCUGGGGGCUGGCGUUCACCACGCAUGGACCCCAGUCUAUCAGCCUACUGGGAAUUUACCUCUUCACCAUCCUCAACGGCUUUCAGGGUGUUUUGAUGUUGCUGUGGUUUAUAUCCAUUACCUGGAAGUCAGUUCGGGAAGAGCAACAGUCAACAAAGGACCUCACCCUGAGCAACCUCAACUCAUGAUCCUGGAACUGAGACACAUGAUUCGGACUGAUAGACUGCAUACAGGAGUUUGUCCCGAUAUACAUGGAUCAGUACAAUGCACCCUAAUUUGCUUUGGCCCUCAAAUCCUCUCUCUGUAUUAUGCAGUCCUUGGACACUCUGCACAUUGGAUAUAUUAGAGCUUAUGUGAUGCUCACUGAAGUGUUACCUUUUAUCACAUCAAAUGUUCGUGUGGCGCAGUGGAUAACACCACUGCAUGCCAGUGAGCUACCACAUCAUGUGGAAGACUGGGGUGGUUCAAUUCCCAGUCUGGAUGACUGAAUGCUGUGCUACACCAUUAAGAGUCUUUGGGCAAGACUCCUAACACUACAUUUGCCCAACUCUGUAAUAGAAAUAACCUUGUAAAGCCCUAUCCGGACGGGGUUAAUUUCUCAGAGGGACGUCUGUGAAAAAUAUUUCACACUUCUACUCAGUGAUAAAACUCUAGCAUCCGGACUGCAAUUGAAAAAAAGUUUUUAGGCUUUCUCUAUCACAUGACAUUGCGUUCAGUAGCUCCUCCAUUUCCAAUCGCUGUUGUGUUUACGUGGAUCUCCAUGGACAUGCACACCCAAAGUGUAGUUAAUAGAGGUGUGCCAAAAAAUCGAUUCACAUAAGAAUCUUGAUUCUCAUUUACUACGAUUCAGAAUCGAUUUAAAAUGUCCCAAAAUCGAUUCUGAGGGGC